UCCACUUGACCUUUUCAGUCUCAGCAUCUCCUCCACCCAACAGACCACCACCACCACCACAGCCAUGUGCCGAACCGCCAAAGCGAUGCUUCUCCUGGCUGUCGUUAUCUGCAUGUCUGCAGCUCAACGUGAAAAACCACAGAGUUGUCUUUGCCAAGGUGCCAAGAACACGAAUGUCCCAAAGUCUGACAUCAAAAACGUCACCAUAUAUCCAGCCACUGCCUUCUGCAACAAAUUGGAGAUAAUUGUCUCCACAAAAUCUGGCUCCAAUGUCUGUCUGAACCUGAAGCCCGAUGCGGAACGUCGUCUGCUUAAAAACUUGACAAGAAAAAUUCAAUCCAGCAAAGCUCCUGCUGCAGUCAGCACCAGUCCAACUCCAAUCCACACCAAGACAAGUAAAGAAGCCUAGAAAAUGUCCAAGAAUGCCAUCUACAAAUGACAUGAUUAUGUAUUUAAAUGACUUGAUUGAGAGUAUUUUUUCUACCACUGCAUGUUCUUUAAUAUGACAUCCACCUGCACUUUUUUAAUAUAUAUAUAAUAAAAAGGGGAAAACGA